ACGAUUGAUUCUGGUUUCGAUUGCUUUCACCUGAUUAGUGACGUUCGUCUGUCGAUUGCUCCUGCCUGCUGCCAGUUGAAUGAACAUGGCGGCUACUCCAACCACGAAUCCGUCUCAGCUGCUCCCACUUGAGCUCGUGGACAAAUGCAUCGGCUCCCGAAUUCACAUCGUCAUGAAAACAGACAAAGAAAUCGUCGGCACCCUGCUGGGCUUCGACGACUUCGUCAAUAUGGUCCUCGAGGAUGUGACAGAAUUUGAAAUCACACCGGAGGGACGGAGGAUCACCAAACUGGACCAGAUCCUCCUCAACGGCAACAACAUCACCAUGCUCAUCCCUGGAGGAGAAGGUCCUGAAGUCUGAGACGAGAAUCAUCACUGACUAGACGGUGGAUUUAAUCCAUUUCCAUGUUGUUCUUCCUGAGUUUGUUAUAUUGUUGUUUUAUUGUUCCUUCUACGUCUUGAGUGAUGAAAAUAUUUUUUUAAGAUUCCCUAAUUUAGUAUUUGUUAAAUUUGAACUGUAUCGCACAGAAAUUCUUUUUAGAAAUAAAGAAUAAUUUGAGACACAUAACUAACAUC